AUUUAUUUCAUUUCAUUCUCUUUUACCUCUUCACUUUUCUUUUCUUCACCCAAAAUGAAGCACUCUCCCUCUUCUUCUUCUCUUAACAUAGGACAGUGCCAUUCGCAGUCCUCAUCAUCCACCAUGAGAGUCACCGGAUGCCACCACCAUGACAAUCUCACCAGGAGAAGCCUGAAAUCGCGUGUGGUACGGCCAUAUGUCCGGUCAAAGGUGCCUCGGUUGAGAUGGACGCCUGAUCUUCACCACUGCUUUGUGCAUGCAGUUGAAUGCUUAGGUGGAGAAGACAGAGCUACACCAAAGAUGGUAUUACAGAUAAUGGAUGUGAAGGGCCUUACCAUUUCUCACAUAAAGAGUCACCUUCAGAUGUACAGGAGCAUGAAGCAUGAGCAGAUGCUGAAAGAUGCCGUUGUGGCUGAAGCAAGGAGAAAUCAGCUUGCAGCUAAUGUGGGAUUUACCAAAUCUGUGCAAAAUCAAGCCUUUCGAAUGGAAGGAAUGAAUGCACGUAGAAUCAUUCGAGCUCAAAUAUGGAAAGAAAUGCAAGUGCAGAAUGGAGACAGGAGGAUGAGUGAGGCCGAGACAUUAUCAUUUGCAGAAAUAACGAGUAAAGCAUCGGAGCAGAGACCAAAAUCUUACAUCAUCUUCAAGGAACUACUCAAAAGCUGCAACAUCCGGGAGGAGGAUGAGGCUGUGAAAUUGGGAAUGCAGAAAAAUCAAAGAUUGGCUGACUUAGUUGAUGAUUUAACGUCUCCACCACUGAACUCAAAUGCUUCACUGGCAACGCUGAAGUUGGGCAAAGAGCAGGCCCUGGAUGUUAAUGAUGUGUCUCUCAAGCUAACUCUUGCUUAGUUUUGUGUAUAUAUUUGCAAGAAAAGACAUCAACUUGUAUAUGGAAUAUAAAAAGUUUCUCAAGUCCUUUUCUAUAUAUAUCCAAUCAAUCAUCUUCGCAUAGAAAAUAAAAUUUGAACCAACUU